UUCGAUUUACACUGAUAAAAAAAUCACUCGAACACGGAGUACAACCAAUUGCACCGGUCAACAUCAGCUGACUUUUGACAUUAAUAAUUUAAUAUUUCGUUCGGAAACAUGUCAGACAUAACUCUCUUCGACAAUUUACCAAAUAUUCCAGUACAAAUUUACAAUCUUUUUUUUCUCUUUUAGCUUUAUUAAUUUUUGUGUUCAAGUACCAGUAUUUUGUGCAUUUCUUCCCCGUGCAAAGGUAAAUCAACAAAAUGUCAUUAGAGAAUAAAUAUAACCUAAAAAGCCCAGGCGUAAAACGCCUUAUGCGCGAAGCCCGUGAGUUAGCAGAGCCGACAGAGGAAUAUUUCGCUCAUCCUCUAGAGGAUAAUUUAUUUGAAUGGCAUUUUACUGUUCGAGGACCACCCAACACUGAGUUUGAAGGUGGCUUUUACCACGGUCGUAUUCUUUUACCUUCUCAGUAUCCUAUGCAACCACCAAAUAUUAUUUUAUUGACUCCAAAUGGUAGAUUUGAAGUCAACAAGAAAAUUUGUUUGUCUAUAUCUGGGCAUCACCCAGAAAGCUGGCAACCAUCCUGGUCAAUAAGAACAGCACUCUUGGCUUUAAUUGCCUUUAUGCCGACUCCAGCAGCAGGCACUAUUGGAUCUUUAGAUUACACUCCAGAAGAAAGACAGGCAUUAGCAAAGAAAUCAAAAAAAUGGGAAUGUGAAAUCUGUGGAAAAAUAGCCGAUAAUUUAUCCUCACAAUCUAAGUCCACUUUGAAUUUAACACAUGAAGAAGCUUCAUUGAUCCAGCAAAUUGCUUUAAAGGCUGAGGAUGACACUACAAAUAAAGAAAUGUGUAACAAACCAAAGGAUGACAGAAAGAUCAAGACAACAAUUAUUAAUGAAGAAAAUACUCUUAGACAACGAGGUGUGAGCCAAAGUUGUGAAAAUAUCAGUGAACCUGUUGCAGAUGUUUUUAUGGAAACAGAAGUUUCACUUAAUCCAAGAACUAUAGACCAAAUAUUUACUGUAGUUAUGUGGGCCAUUGUAUUUGUGAUAGUUCUACUUGUAGGGAGAAGAUUUUUCUUCUUAAAUUAAUGUUUAUAAAAUCAUGUUCGUGUAUAUAACUUUUAUAUUAAUGAUAGACCUUAUUAUGAGUUAUUAAUGCCAAAAAAGUAAUAACAAUUAUUCAAAAAUAAAUUUUGCUUUGAACAUA